UUUUAAAAAAAUAUAUAAAAUUUGUUUGGAAUCUAACACGUCUGAUCAAGAUCAAACGAUAGCGCAGUUUGUGACGGCUGCAGAUCCAUUUUUCGCAUGCUUGUGUUUAAGAAGAGGCCAACCUAAUCAUAGUUGUGGUGCAAGUGUAGUACAAACGCGGCAAUAAACAAAUUCUUAAAAAAAGUCAAAGUUGUAGUACAAAAUAAUACAACGUACUACAAUGUAGUGGAAUAUUACUGUUGUACUAAUUCAUUCAUGUAGUAGUACUAUUUAUUUCCAUAUUAGUUAAUUAAUCAUCAUCAAAUAACUAUUGGUACUAUAUACACAUGAAAAUGAAUACUACAAAAAAAUAAUUUGCAUAUAUAUAACAGACAGAAGAAUAGUACGUUACAAAAUAUUACUAGCUUAGUACAAUAUUUCAUACAUGGCUUCCUCCAAAACCAAAACCCUAAAGUCAACGUUCCUUCUUUUAUGUCUCUUAGCCUCCUUCAUCUAUCCAAUCAAUUCCCAUGGAGGAGGACAUGAUGAUUCCGACACCGACCACGACUCUUCCGAUUCCGAUUCCGACAACAUAAACUUACGUUCAAAGAGUUUAAUCCUUGUUAAAAUAUGGUGUUUAAUCAUCUUAUUUGUAUCCACUUUCAUAGGUGGUGUGUCUCCUUAUUAUUUCCGAUGGAAUGAAGUUUUUCUUCUCUUAGGGACACAAUUUGCUGCUGGUGUUUUUCUUGGAACAUCUAUGAUGCAUUUUUUAAGUGAUUCAAAUGAAACUUUUGGAGAUCUUACAACAAAAACUUAUCCUUUUGCUUUCAUGUUGGCUUGUUCCGGAUAUCUUUUAACGAUGUUAGGUGAUUGUGUGGUGGUUUAUGUGACAAGUAAUAGUCAAAGGGAAGCUAAAGUUGAGGAACUUGAAGGUGGACGAACACCUCAUGAAGGAGAUGGGACUAAUGAGUUGGCUAUGGAUGAGAGUAACGUUGCAUUCAUGAAAACUACUAAUCUUGGAGAUACUAUUUUGCUUAUUCUUGCACUUUGUUUUCAUUCGGUUUUUGAAGGCAUAGCUGUUGGAGUUUCAGGUACUAAAGCGGAAGCAUGGAGGAAUUUAUGGACAAUAUCAUUACACAAAAUAUUUGCUGCAAUAGCAAUGGGAAUUGCAUUACUUAGAUUGUUACCAAAAAGACCAUUAGUAACAACAGCAGCAUAUUCAUUUGCAUUUGGUAUCUCAAGUCCAAUUGGUGUUGGAAUUGGAAUUGCAAUUGAUGCAACAACAGAAGGAAAAACAGCAGAUUGGAUGUAUGCAAUAUCAAUGGGAAUUGCUUGUGGUGUUUUUGUCUAUGUUGCUAUCAAUCAUUUAAUGUCUAAAGGCUUCAAACCUCAAAGGAAGAGCAAUUUUGACACUCCUUGGUUUAAGUUUCUUGCUGUUGUUUUUGGUGUUGCUGUUAUUGCAGUUGUCAUGAUUUGGGAUUAAUGAUUAUAUUAUCAUUAUCUUUAUGUUUUUCUAUGAUUGCUCAUAUUGUUUGAUUUUCUAUAUACAAUAUUGUAUGUGUGUGUAUAUUUGACAAUGUUUGGAACUUUCUUUAAUUUUUCUUUAUGGAACUAUAUGGAAGCCAAUGUGUUUGGAAUUUCUUUGUAUAAUAAAUCCCUCAAAUUUCAUGUUAUA